AUGUUGAAAAGAAUCUGCAACAGACAACAGAGAAGAUUUGGAACAAUUCAAGGUAUCACCUAUUACUGAUUCUAAGAAAUUUAUAAGGAGAUCUCAAAGGGAUAAAAAAUUGUAGAAAAAGGAAUAAGCAAAACUAUAGAAAAAGAAGGGAAACCAUAGAAGGUUUUUGUAGUGAUUCCUAUAAAAAUAUAUGUGGGUACCUGUUAGAGUACCUUUUUUUAUUGUAAAAAAAUGAAAUGUCUAAACCAGAUGCAGCAAAGAUAGAUUUUCUAUAUAUUAGGUUCUGAAAUUCGAAAUUCCAUAAUGAAACUUUUAAUAAAAACAGAAUGUAAUAUAAAAAGACUUAAUCUCCUUAAUAGAAGAGUUAAAUAGUAAAUAAUUUAAGCAGAGAAAUAGCUGGACUUAUAAAUUAAAUCUCAAUCUCCUAUAAGAAAAAAUAAAGAGCACAAUUAAUCAUUACCCUCAAUAGAGUAUAAAGUCAAAAGCAUCAGAUGUGGGAGCAACAUGGAAGAUGAGAAGGAAUAGGUAUGAUUAGCAAAAAGAUAAACAUAGGAUAUUUAUGUCCUAAGAGAAGAUGAUAGUGUGAUGGACAUUUAGAAUAAUGUUUACUGA